GAAUAAGAAAAUAUACUGUAGAAGAAGAAAAAAUUAUUAAAGAAUUAUGUGAGGAUUUAGAGAAAAAUAAGGUUAUAUAUCUUGGAUAUAGCGAAUGGGCAAGUAAUGUGCAAAUAAUAACUAAAAAAGAUGGAAGAAAAGCUAUAAUAUUAGCAGAUAUAACAAUGGAUUUAAAAUCAGCAUAUUGGCAAUUAAACAUGCACCCAAAAUCACAGAAAUAUACAGCAAGUAGAUUUGGAAGAUUUGGAAUAUAUCUUUGA